GACCGGCAUACCAAAUCUUAUAUAUGUAGUUUCUCUCGAUUCUCGGCUCGCCUCAGUCAAUUCAAUUUACAUCCCGGAUUAAAAUCCAUCGCCACCCGGCUUAACAACAGUGUUAUCAAUGAAUUAAUUUAAGUACCUCAGCCAACUUAAGAUUAAGUCCAAAAUCGAACAAACGCAACUAAAAACAUGGAGAACAAACAUAAAAACUGGGUGCUAUGCCUGGCUCUCAUUUUCGGAUGUUUUGACCGUGGAAGAGCGGCUUUAAUCUCUCAAAGCAGCCAGAAAUUAUUCAAGCUGCAGAAUACAGUGAUUCUUGAGGAACUGGGAAGAGAUUCAAGUGCCAAAGAGACGAGCUAUAAAUUUGAAACUAAUCUAAAGAUCAAUUCGGUUUGGAGUCAGGAUGAAGAUCAGUUACUGGAGGUGUUCAUCAGCGGGAGCCAAGUUGCUGCCUCUGGAAAAGCCCGAUCCAUAACCCAGAUACCCGAUAGGCCUUUUUACAUCAGUCUGGUUAAGGGACAGCCUGAAAAGGUCAUAGCCCAUACUUCAAAAGAUCAAUCCCUACUAAAUUUGGAACGAGGAAUCGCUUCCCUCCUGCAGUUGAGAUUGGAUGCCUCCCAGGAGGAGGAACUGGAUGUUACUGGUCUUUGUCGAGUAUCCUAUAAUGUCAAAUCCUCAACGAAGGUGGAGAAAAUCAAAAGAGACUGCUCUCUGUGGGAUCUCAGGGUUUACUCUCACCCAGAAGAAGCUCUAAGUGUUACUCAGGAAGCCCAGGAGAAGGUAUCCUAUGAACUCUCUUCCGAUGGAUCUCUUUUGAAGGCAGAGUCCGUCGAAAGCCACCGCCUGAGCCUACUAGCAAAACCGGAUGUGGGAAGCUCUGUCAAGAGUACUUUAAUCCUGCAACACAUUUCUCUAGGAUCGGAGGAAGUCAAGCAGCUAGAAGUGGACAGUUUAGAGGAUGCCAUCCAGAGCCUUCUGGAAUGGUAUCGCGUAUUCGAGCUGGAAUCCGAUGUAGAUGGGAUGAUCAGCGAGAUCAAAGAGCAAACUAUUGAGGAACAAUUGAAAGCGUCUUUGGAUGAACUGCAAUCCGAGGAUGUGGGCAAAUCCUCGCUGGCUCUGGCUUACGUAAAACUAAUCCCACUGGCUCGCAUCUCGAGACAAGAACAAUUCGAGGAACUGCUCAAGGACCAUUCGAAAAUACUCUCCCAAUUGGUGGAUCUUUUGGGCGCUGUUCAAACCUUCGAUGCACAUAAUGCCACUUUUGGAUUCCUCUACAAAGAGGCAGAAACCACAAACGAGCAUUUAGAAUUGUUGGAGAAGUAUCUGCAAUCCCUGGCGGUGGCCACUCAUCCGGAUAGGAAAAUAAUCGAGCACUUGUACGGAUUACUAGAGCUAGAAUCUAUCAAAAAGCAGUUAAAGCUUAGAGAGAGCAUUAUCCAAACACUGGCCACCUUGACCCGCCAAAGCCGAUUGGGUGUCGAUGAUCCUUUGCUGCAGCAGGUGCGAACUUAUCUCCUGCAAGGUCUUGCCUCCAAGGAGCCCACUUUGUAUAUCAGGGCACUGCAAAAUCUCCAGAAUCCCGUCACCAUUGUAUCGCUGCUGGAACAGGCUCAAAGUGGCGAGGAGCCCAAUUUAUCUGUGGCCGCUUUGCAGGCCUUGAAGGCAUUCCCCCCAGGCAGCUUUACUUCCUCGCAUCGCCAGCAGUUUGAGAGUAUCUUCUACCAGCGAAAGCGUCGCUUUGAUAGCUCUGCUCGCACACUGGCUCUGGAUAUCAUCCUUUCCCUCAGGCCAAGUCAGGAGCAAUUGGGAUACCUCUUGGAUUACCUGGCCUCCACGGAUCGCCAGUUUGAGAUCAAAACCCAUGUGCUGCAGAAGCUGAGAAUGCUGGCUGAAAAAUGUCCGCGAUUCAGGGCUUUAUUCGAAACGGAGUUGGGCAAAAGGAGGCAGGUUAAUAACUACAACGUACUGGGACAAAAGGGUCUCACCACUGUCCUUACCCGUCAGCUUUCUUUGGCGCCAGCCUUCAAUGAAUCGCUGUUAAGCACACAGGAGGUCUAUCAGGGAAUCCUUAAGCGAGGCUCCGUGGAAUUCCUGCUCCACGCAGGACGCUCUCAAUCCAGCAGCUUUAAAUUGGGCAUCUACACCGCCGGUUUGGGUUCGCUGGUUGGCAAUGGUGACUCCGGUGAUGGAAAUGAGAAAAUCCCAGCGGAUGAUGAGAUGGACGGCGAGGAAACCGUCACCGCAGGCAUGGAGAUCAGUGUGCAGGGUGCCCAGUUACGACCCCUGAUCUUUUUCAGCGGUCAGACAGAGCUAAUGGGUCAUGUGUGGGGAGGAAGCGCAUCGGAUUCGACGCCCGCCUACCAGGCAACCACUUUGGCACAGGAUAACGAGCACUACGUAAUCUUGGCAUCAGGAGCCACACUACAUUGGCGAGUGCUGGGUGCCAGGAGUGUGGAUCUCAAUGGCAAGGUGGGAUUUAGCCUGUGGAACCGCAAUGCUCAAACAGAGAUCCAGCAAAACACUGGCAGCGCUGUCUUGGGUCAUGUGGCCAUUGGUUUUACUUAUGCUAAAUUAGAGCAGGAUUUCAGUCUGACCCACGAACCGAAAUUAAGUCUGAAUGCGGAUCUGGACUUUUAUAGUGGAAUAAAACUAUGCAUGCAACUUCAGCGACCUGAACAGCUGCUCAAACAAACCCAAGUUCGAUCGGUUUUCCUGCAAUCUGUGGAUCGUCCUUAUGCCAAACAUGUGCGAUCUACUCUCUCCCACAAAACUACGGGCUGCACUUUUGCACUAAAUCAGAAGAACAACGAAAUGUGCAACGUCAUAUUUAGCGAAUAGUAAAGAUUUCUUGAGAUUAUUGGAGAUUGCCUACCCAAAAAGAGAUAAACACAUGAAUACUGUAAUGUACUAUGUUAAAAACUAAGAGAUUAAGACUCGAUAUAGUUGUAAACUCAAAAGAACAAAGACCAUUUAAUUUUUAAAUGCAAAAAAUCUUUGAAAUC